AGCUGCAGUCUCAUCCGUGAUCCACAGCUCUAAGUCCUCUUGGUCUCCUCUGCUGAAGCACUGCGAUAUCUUCACCUGCUACUCCUGAGCGACUUUAAACAACGUUUUUGGAUAUUUCUUCACUAUUCUUGUGGGAAUUUAAUUACCUGGAAGAACAAUGCGGCUCAUUCAGAACAUGUCGACCAUUGCGGAGUGUACCGCGCUUGAAUACUCCGUCCCGAACCGGGUCAUUAAAAUAGCUGUUGUUGGAGGCAGCGGAGUGGGGAAAACAGCGCUGGUGGUGAGAUUCUUAACGAAGCGCUUCAUUGGAGACUAUGAGCGAAACGCAGGUAAUCUGUACUCCAGAGAAGUCCAGGUGGAUGGAGAUCAGGUUACCAUCCAGGUCCAGGACACUCCUGGUGCAGAGAUGACUGAUAAUGGUAUCAGUCUCCCCGACCAUGUGACGUGCUCCAUCCAGUGGGCCGACGCCGUGGUGCUGGUGUAUUCUGUGACAGACCGCCGUAGCUUUGAGCUGAUUGAUCAGCUGCACCAGCUGGUCAUUCGUACCGGCGCCAUCAGUGUUCCCCCGGUGAUCCUGCUAGCCAACAAGGCCGACCUCCUGCACAUGAGGCGCGUUGACUCCGAGCAGGGCCCCGUGCUGGCGGGAACUCUGGGCUGCUCCUUCUAUGAGGUCUCCGCCAGCGAAGACUACAACCAGGUGCAUGGAGCUUUCCACAGACUGUGUUGCCAGCUCUCCAAGCAGCAGCAACCGCCGCCUCCCGCUGCCAUCGCCGCCGCUGAAAAGAGGCGCUCGCCCCUCAUCCCCCGGCCAAAGUCUCCCAACAUGCAAGAUCUGAAGAGACGUUUCAAACAGGCGCUGUCUGCAAAAGUCAGGACAGUGACCUCAGUGUGAGGACUGGGAGCCGAGAAAAGAACAGGAGAUGAACUCUCCUUUAUUAAAGUCCUGAGUCAGUCUGACGGAAGGAAGCAGACUGUUGAGAUGAACAGUGGUAGCCUCUACAAAGCAGGAGGUAAAUGAGUCUUUAUAGAGGGAAUAACCUCUUGGCGAAGAGCAGUCCUGUGCCAGAUAACAUGUAAAAUCAAGCAGGGAGGAGGUUUAUCUUCUGCUCAGGAAGAGACGUGAGGACACGGGGACAACCAAAGGUGGCUGGCUGAACCGCAGACUCUGCAUAUCAGUUAAACAAAUAAGUGUAAAUCCAGCUCUCCUGGCAACAGCUGAAGUAUGGCUUAUUUUUAGCUGAGCCCAUUGUGGCAGAUUUUUAUUCACUGCCACUACAUGGCACUGUUAACGGUUCCCAUUCAGCAAGGACUCUAUGGAGCUGCAUGUAUGCUCUAUCUGUAAUGUCAACAUUGCUCUCUGUGUGUGUGUUAUGGAUCAUCACUGUACAUGACAGUGUGAUGGGAAGGGGUUAAGGUUUUGCAGCAGACACGGGAUGUAGCAUCGACUAUAAUUGCUGAUUCACUUUAUAAAAAUGACCAGUCCAAAGGACCUGCUAUUUAUUUGUUACAAAUUCACAUUGUCCACAAUAAAAUGAUUUUUAAAGGA